AUGUCCUUGGAAUCAUUUGAUGAAUAUGAACUUAUUAAAAAAUAUUACAGUUUUAGAAAUGGAGGAAAAAAAUUAGAUGAAAAUGAAGUAGAUAAAAUAAUUUAUCUACCAAUAAUUUUUAAAAAUAAAAUUGACAUAGAAAAAGAGAAUGAUGAGAAUAUAACUAAUUAUAUAAAAGCAUUAAAAAUUAUUAUUUUUUAUAUACCUUUUAAUGACUCAAUACAAAAAAAAAUAACGGAAAAAAAAAUUUAUAGAUUUUUAUUAGGACGAAGUUUUAAUAUUUCAAAUAAUUUAGAUGAAGAAUUAUGUGACAGUUUAAAUAAAAAUUUAAACAAUAUUGUUGUUAAAUUAAAUGAAGAUUUAAUUAGUGAGAUUGAUAAAUAUGAAUUAAUAUUUUUAAUUAAUUUAAUAACUCACAAUCAAAAUAAUGAAGAAAUAUUUGAAUUUCUUUAUCCUUCUUAUUUCUAUUAUAUUGUAUUAAGCAAAAGUAAAUUAGAUAAUAUAUUUAUGCUCCUGAAUAAUUUCAUAAUAAACAAAAAAACGUAUCAAUUGUUAAGUAGAUUGAAAGAUUUUUCUUUGCUUUUGUUUUUGUCAGUUGUUGAUUCUUUGAAAAAAAUUAAAACUCAAAUAAAUAUUUGUAAUUAUUUUUACGUGUUUAUUGAAAAUUCAUUAAAUUAUGAAAAUAAAUUAUUUCUGAGCAUUUUUGAAAAUUUGAAGACAUUGUAUGAAGAUUUUUUUAAAUAUAUUGAAAAAUUAAAAGAAAAUCUUUUGUUUUUAAAUAUACUAAAAAAAUGGAAAAUUGCAAAUCGAAAAGAGAAUAAAUAUUAUUUAUUAAAAUAUAUUGCGUUAAUGUUUAGAUUACUACUUGAAACUUUAUAUAAUAUAUUAGAUGAAAAAAAUUUAGAUAAUGAACAAAUUUCUCAAUACCAAAAUUUAUAUAGAAGUAUAACUGAAGAAAUAAGAAAUAAUUUAAUUUAUAUUAAUGAAAUAAAUUAUUUUGACAAUUUUGAUAAUUCACAUAUUGAUUUAUAUAGCAAAAAUAUUUUGUUUUUGGAUAUGUUCAUAUAUUACAAGAAAAAUUUUAUAUUAGAAAAUUUUAAACUUGUUUUAUUUAUAUCGAAUAUAUUCAGUGAUAGAUAUGAAGAGUUGGAUUACUUGACAUGUGAAGAAAAAAAAAUAUUUAUUGACAUUAUUUUUGCCUAUCUAAAAACUAUAUUAAAAAUGAGAAACAAUCAUUUAAUAAAAAAACAGGAAAUUCUUUAUCACAAAUUUGUUUUAAAUAGAUAUAUUAUUAGUGUCGUUGCAAAUUUUUCUUCAGAUAAUAUUAUUUCAAAUUAUGUGAAGAAAAUUAAUGGUAUUGAUGUUCUAAGGAAGUUUAUGUAUAUAGAUGAUAAGGAUACUUGUUUACCUGAAUAUUCUAUUUUGGCCAUUAAACAUAUAAAGGAAAAUGAAAAUUUUGAAGAGCUUUAA